AUGUCCGUCAUCAACCUCAUCCCGCUCCUGUGUGGCUCGCGGCUCAGUCUCGUAACAAGACUGCUUGGGAUCUCCCUCCGCACUAGCAUUGGCUCCCAUCAGUGGUUCGGCAGGACCGCGAUUGCUCAGAUGUUGGUACACACGAUCGCCGUGUUAAGAGAACGUAAUGCGUUCGCAUGGACGACGAAUAACUUUACCGGUGUUGCAGGCUCUACCUUUGGAUUCAUCUUCCUCCUCUCCAUCCGCCUCGUGAGGCGCGCGUUGUACGAAUGGUUCCUAAAUUCACACCUGCUCUUGUCUGCGGUGGUUUGCAUAGCCAUCUGGCGCCACGUCUCCUUGAAGAAGCCAACGGCGUUGUUCUUGCGGGUUGGCAUAUACCUGUGGACUAUAGUGACCGUAGCCCACUGGGUCCUGUUUGCAUUUAGAAAUUUUGUCUUUGGCAGGCCAUUUGCAACAGCUGAAGCGAAGCGGCCCUGGAAUGUAGGCCUGGAUGUUGAAGACCUUGAGUUAAGUGUAUUGCAGGUGGAUAUCACCGUCCCAAGACCGUGGCAGGUCAAGGCUGGCCAAUUUGUUUUCCUCUCGAUCCCUAAACUUGGGAUCUUCACCGGCCUUCGCGGUCACCCUUUUAUGAUUACGUGGUGGAAACGGGACCGGAAAGGCUUGACGAUAUCUCUCCUAGUAAGGUCGAGGGCGGGUUUUACUGCGGAGCUCGAUAGGCAUAGCGAUAAAUCUCUCCGCGCCUUCAUCGACGGGCCAUACGGUAUACGACAUAACUUUGGAGAGUACGGGGCGGUGGUUAUGUUUGCGACAGGGAUUGGCAUCGCUGGUCACAUACCGUAUAUUAAAGAUCUGAUUCGCGGAUAUAAUAGCUGCGAGGUGAAGACCCGUUCUAUCCGACUUGUUUGGGAUAUCAGGGAACAACGUCACGAACUAUGGGUUGGGUGUUGGAUGGACGAGCUCUUGAAAAUGGACACUGGAUAUGUACAAAAACCCGUACCUGAUUACGAGAGAUCGUUGCAACGUUAA